AUGGCUCAAUUCAAAGAAAUGAGUGAAACAAAUGUGAUUGAAUUCUUGAUACGAGAGACAAAGAUAGAAAAUAGAACCACGGUUCCUCCGGACAAUUCCACUCGUAGUAUGAAGUUUCGGAAUAGCGAAGAAGCAAAACUUGGACUAGGAGGCGAGGUUAAAGAUUGGUAUGGGAUUAGUAAGAAGAGACAAAGCUUGUCGUUGCUUGUGGUAGUGAUGGGUGGUCGGUGGUCGAUGAGUCGUGAUGGUGGUCGGUUGUGGUGA